UUCACUCUAGCGCCGCUGCCUCUCUCGGCUUCUCAUUCUCCAGUGCAGGCUCUAGGUGGAAACAUGUUUUCGGCGGUGAGAGCGGGGCGGGCAGCGGCGAGCGGCAGCGUGUGCCUAACCCCAGCAUUGGUGACACUAGUCCUCACAAUCCCAGGAAUAAUCGCCACUGUUCAAGUGUCUACACGACCUGUACUGGAGGCAGAGAUCAAGAAAGCCAUCAGCAUUCCAUGUGUCCCGACAAUCUCCACCCCAAACACAACAAAAUACGUCCAGUGGUUUGUUAUGGAGAAGAACGCUCGCCAGCGGAUCUACUUUCAGGACAUGGAGAACAGUACUGUUGAUGCUGGCACCGACUACACGCAUCGAAUCAAAGUGGAUAAGAUGUACACGUUGACCAUCGACCCCGUCGUGCGCAGGGACGAGCGGACCUUCCACUGCCAGGUUGGUGCUGGCCCCGUGGGCAGUGGUGAGGCUGAAACCCUGCUCAAAGUUUACGCUGCUCCGGACAUGCCUGUGAUCGAGAAAGAUUCCAGGACCAUCUCGCUGAUAGAGACAGAAGCAAAGGAGAUUGCACGUUGUGUCACCAGGAACGGCUACCCUGCCCCCAAUGUCACCUGGUUUAAAGACCGCACCCCACUUCACGCCGACCCCCAGAUGCGCAACAGGAUUUCUGUGAAAUUGCAGGCCACUGAGGAAGCCAACGGCCUUUACACCAUGAAGAGCACGCUGUCGUACCUACCGGUGAAACGGGACAAAGACGCCACGUUUUACUGUGAGGUGAGCUACAGGAUGCCCGUAGGAAUAGACAUGAUGAAGGAGUCUGCAAAGAUCAACAUCUCCAUAAGCUAUCCACCAGAGAACGCAGAAUUUCUGAUUCACCCCAAGGUGUUGAAGGAGAUGGACAACAUGACCAUGGAGUGUCAGUCUGAUGGAACAUCCAGCGUUGAUUACACCUUCUUCAAAAUCCUGGAUGGUGAAAUGGUGGUUAUCAAGAGCGAUGGUAACAAGGUGGUGGUGACAGCACUCAGUCGAAAUGACAGCGGACUUUACGGCUGCAAUGUCCUGGACCUGGAAACGGACAACGUAUUAGUUAGCAACAAAACGAUAAUAGUCAACUAUUUGGAUCCCAUCGUGUUGACCCCAAAAGGUCCCUACGUUUUUACAGAGGGUAAGAAAAACGUGCGCAUCUCUUGUGAAGCGGAAGCAUCACAACGGUUAACUGUGGCCUGGACAAAACGCAAGAAGACAGUGGUCAGCACUGGAAAAUGGCUCAAACUGUCCAUGGUUGCGUUAGAGGAUGCUGGAAACUACAGUUGCAAGGUUGCCAUACCUGGUGUGCCCAGUCUGAGCCGGCAGAAGACAAUCAGUAUUGUGGUCGAAGGACCGCCACACGUCAACUGUACCACAGAGAAAUUCCAGAAGAAUGGACCCUAUGUGAACCUGACAUGUGUGUUCCGCGGUUACCCGAUACCGGUAGUCACGUGUAAUGCACACAAGGCACCGACGUUAAUGUAUCAUCACCAAAAGAAUUACGUUGUGAGUGAGCUGAUUCUGCCCCUCCCCACGGGAGAGCUGCAACUGACCUGCAACGGCACCAACCAGCAUGGCGACGAUGACUAUCUCUUCAUCGUGCAAGGAGAUGUGGCCCAAGCAAAAAGCAGUGGCGGAGUGGUGAUAGUGGUCAUCAUUGUGUGUAUUCUACUCCUCGCCAUCUUGGGGGCCAUCCUCUAUUUCCUCUACAAGAAAGGAAAGAUUCCCUGUGGUCGUUCUGGCAAACAAAGCAUCACACAAGCUGAAGGCCACGAUAACAUUGUAGUGGAAGUGAAGAACGACCAGAAGGUUCCUGAGGAGACGGUGCUACUGCAGGGAGUCAAUGGAGACAAGAAGCCGCCCAACCAUCAGUGAUGGGAGAGGAAGGAAGAUGCGGACCUUCAGAGUGAAGAGAUGUCACCAGAGCUCUCACCCUGUGCCUGACUCCACAGGAAUGACUGUGACAUGAAAUCUUCUUGCCUUUGACAAAUGCUGCAUAUGCUCCUACACUGAAGGAACUCCAACCCAUUCCUGGAGACCUUCCUUCACUGGAAACCACCAAACACCUUACUCAGAGGAACGCAUGGCCUAUCAAUCUCCACCAUCAAACAGCGUCCAGAUGUUUCCUUCAAUGUCCAUCAAUGGAAUCCAAUCUUGCUUGCAGACUCCCAGGCACCACGGCUACAUCACACCAGCAGUUACAGACGCAAGAACACCUCAUCACAACAGGUCUCCUCAAAGAGAAAUUUCCAAACAAUGUCUUCACCAUGAAUUAGGCUGAAAUAUUAUACAAUGUUAUCGUUAACUUAGAGACUGUUACAAGAGAUGAUAUCAAUGGAUUUUAUUGUAUUUCCUUUAAUAAAAUCAACAUUCCCUCCUUCCACUAGACUGUGAUAAAAUACUCUGGUGCCCAUUUUAACUCAAAUGUUUUAAACAGUUCCUAGCAGAUUACUGCCAAGCUAAGUUGCAUUGAUUUUAGUUGGUGACACAGAGCAAGAAGGACAGAUUUAUUGAUGGGAGAGAAUUUUUAGUUGACUAAUUAGUUCCACGUUGCUUUGUAGAAUAAACCUUUCACUUUACAUCAGUGGUCCUCUUGCAUAUUUGCUGAGGGCAGGUUCUGUUUCUUGGGAUUAGACUAUCAACCAGACACUGGUGUGAGGUUUACUGCAAUUUAAACUCACCAUAGUUGGUGAUUCUUCACCCCACGUCAGUCUAAAGGAGGGUCUCGACCCCAAAACAUCACCCAUUCCUUCUCUCCAGAGAUGCUGCCUGUCCCGCUGAGUUACUCCAGCAUGUUGCGUUUAUCUUCGAUUUAAACCAGCAUCUGCAGUUCUUUCCUACACACCAUGGCUGGUGAUUCUUCCCCAAUCAGGCUUUUCCUCCAAAUUGAAAUUCUUCAUAUUAGGAUCAGAUGUUUCUCUCAUGUGCAAAAAAUGAAG